CGUCAGCCGAGACGGCGCUUCUCCCCCACGGUUGCGGCGGCGAAGUAGGAGGAGCAGCGGGAGCCUCGAGAGGCGGCCGCGGUCUCACGACGGGCCUAGAGCCGCGCCGUCGCCAUGACCAUCUGCCACUUCUUCCUGCAGGGCCGCUGCCGCUUCGGCGAGCGCUGCUGGAACGAGCACCCGCGCGGUGGCGGCGGAAGCGGCGGCGGCGCCGGCGGCGGGGGCCGGCCUCCACAGCAGUACCAGGCGGCGCCCUCCGGUGGUAGCAGAGGGGGAUGGAGCAACAGUUCUCAGAGAUACUCUAAUGUCAUCCAGCCAUCUAAUUUCACCAAAUCCUCAUCUUGGGGGGGCGGCAGAGAUCCAGGGAAGAUAUCCUUUGGGUUCUUUGACUCAGGGGCAUCAAGUAGUGGAAGCAGAAGUGUGGGGUUUUCUCAGAAUAGAUUCUCUUCACUGAGCUCUAACCAAGCGGAUGGGCAGAAAGAUGACGAGGAUAAACUGCUUGAAGGAAUAGUAAAAGACAUGGAGGUUUGGGAAUCUUCAGGGCAGUGGAUGUUCUCUGUUUAUUCACCAAUGAAAGAAAAGCCAAACAUAUCAGGUUUCACAGAUAUUUCACCAGAAGAAUUGAGACUUGAAUAUUCUAACUAUAUAACCAGCAAUAACUUACAAAGCUAUCUAAAUUCCAUCCAGCAAUUAGUAAACCUGUGGAAGAACAGGUUACUUGAACUGAAGAACAUAAAUACAGCCACCAAAGGAGCACUGCUUUCUAAACUGAAGAAUGAAGAGAAUCCAGCAGUUCCUACAUUUGGAUUUCAGAAUCAGGAAACCUCCACAUUUGGUUCCACAGGUUUCCCGGUGAACAGUAGCAGCAGUAGCGGUGUUCAGAAUUUUACUUUUAAGCCAGCUUCAGGAUUGGGUGGCACCCCGCCGAGCAGCAGCAGCAGCAGCAGCAGCACGUCGGUCUUUGGGUCUCAAGCACUAACAGCAGCAUCUUCUUCCAAUUCCACCAUGACCAGCCCUGCUCCCACUUCCUUUGGGUUUGGGGAGCCAGCAGCAGCAGUCUCUGCAGCAUCUUUUUUUUUUAAAAGCCCGGAAGUUUUUAGCUUUGGAUCAGCUGGGUUUUCCGGAUUUCCUGCUUCCUCCCCAUUAGGCACAGCAGGUGCCACUGGCAGUCCUGCCUUUGGGGGAGGUGCUUUUGGCUCCUCUGGCCCCUCAGGCGCCUCAGGUGCCUCGUUAUUUGGACUGCCCACCAGUACCUUUGGGCACAGUGGUACCCCCUCCUCUCUCUCGUCGUCCGGGGGCACUAAUGCAGCAGAGCAGUUAUUCACGCCCAAAAAUGAACUAACAGCAGAGGAGUUAAAACAGUUUGCAGCAAAGAAAUUCACAUUAGGAAAGGUUCCUCUAAAGCCCCCACCCGAAGGGCUUUUGAGUGUGUAAAGGGACAUGCUUUAAAUAUAGGAGAACAUGCUUUCUCAAUGAUGAUUUGAAUAGUGUGCACACAGGCUGCUAACUAAAAUGUCCAGGCUCUGCACAGCAUUUUCUUGGCGUUUUAUUUUCCUUGGUUAUUUUUUCAUGUCCUAGGCCAGGCAGUUCAAGUGAAGUGGAAUCACAGCAAAGAACCAUUAGUAGUUGGGGCCUUCUCCUAAUGUAAUUAUGAAGGGGACAACCUACCGAGGGUUGCCGGUACGCCAGAGGCUUUGUCCUGGCCCCUCACCGCACCGUAACUUUUAGAGGGUGUGCCAUUGUCUAGAGCCCGAAGAGCACAUGAUAGACAGUGGGUCGGCUAGCCGGCUUAGGAAAUGAACCAAACAAACUUAGAACUUUCCUUCAUGGUAAAGGGAUGUGUGUUAAGUAUAUAUUUAAAUAGAACCUGAGAAGUUUUUAUUCCUAGGCAAUAAUAAGAGGCAUUUUUUUCCUUCCUGCAAGUUUGUAUCCCUCUUGAUUUUGCAAAAAAAAAAAGUUUCAAUCGUAGGGCUUGCCAAUUGAAUUACUUUCAGCAUCUCUCUGAUGACUAACAUCCUGAUACCUGAGUGAUUGCUAUAAUCCUGAUAAUUCUUCUCGAUGUCUUGUGAAGAAGAAUAUCCCCAUCUGAUAGAUGAAUAGUGAGAGAAAUGGAAGUUGUGACCUGCCCCAUGAGCUCAUGGUGAGCGCAUAAUGGACCCAGGCUUCUCCGGCUCCCGCCUGGGAGCCUUGUGUGCAGAAUUGUCUGACACGUUGCAGUCUCUUCUUUGUCCUCGGCUCGGAGGAGCCAGUGAUUGUGCGGCUCAGCUCCUGUAAAGGACAGGAGGCAAAGACCUGCAAUUACUACUUGGUCAAAUCUAUUCUAAGUUCUCAAGCGUCAGGAUCUUUUAUCAACCUGGAAAGCUCCACAGCUGGCACUGUAGACGCCGUUGCCGUAUAUGUUGGUGUCUUGUAUUGGGCUGGUUUUUUUAAUGAAAAUAAAAACUUUGCCUAGCAACUGUGUUCUAUA